UUUGUAUGGAAAUGGAGUCGCGUGUUACUCGAUUGCCAUCUCCACUCUCGCUAGCUCCACCUGUGCUGCUCUUAACUGCUCCAAAAACCCUGAUACUGACACUCACUCCUUUCUUCUCCGGCAACAGCAUGGAUCACCACCGUGCCACCAUCACAAUCGAUCACCAAAAACACUCCGACGAAGCUCACCACAAACCCUAACCAACCAGUGAGCACUACUCCAAUUCUGAAAGAAAACACGGUUCAGAAUGAUUGAUACUGAUGAUGGUGAUCAUGCAAGACCAUCAACAACAACAGCAGCAGCAGGAUCCUCCUUCUGCACUGGUGCCACAACUCAACAACCCCCAAUCUUCCUCAACCGCCACCACGCUUAGGUCACCUUCAACCACCGCAACAACCCAGCUUUGUUCCCCUCUUCCUCUCUCUCACCGCCAACCACUGCUCCCUUCAUUUCCGCUCCCAAUCGCGUCUGCGCUUCCCGCCGGGGACCCUGCUCCGCCGGCGGUGUCCCCGCUUGUCAGGGUCCGGCUGUCGGACAUUGCUCCCUAUGAUGGGGCGCCGGCGGGUCCGUAUGUCAGAGCGAUGGAAGCGCUUUCUGCUUCUCUGACGAGGCACAAUGCUGCUUUGAUCGAGCUGGGGAGUGAAGACACUGCUCUCAUGCGCUGCGGCUUGGAAGGUGCCAGGUUGUUUUUCAGGAGCAGGGCUCAUCUUGGUGUUGGGAAGGGAAGCCGCGGGGUUUAUACGUACAGGGCAGGGAGGGCUUUAGAGGAUUGGGAUUCAUCUCCUCCUUGCAUGGCUGAUAUUUUUAGGUGCAUGGGAAAGGUGUCUCGUUCUGCCUUGUGUGCUAUUGCAAGGAUUUUGCGCCUUAGAAGCGAUGUUUUCACCCAAUUGCUUGAUGAUGCUCCGUUGCCUGCUAACGAGGUGUCUUCAUCUGUUCUUGUUGUGACCUACUCACAUGCUUCUUUUCAAAAUGGAGGCGGUAAGCCCACCAUGAAUGGUGAAGUUGAGAAGGGAUUGCUGACAUUGAUAUCUUCUGACACUCCUGGUCUCCAGGUAUGUGACCCUAAUGGGCGCUGGUAUGCAGCAGACAGUGGGUCUGGGCCUGGAGAUCUUUUACUGAUAACAGGCAAGGCGCUUAGCCAUGCUACUGCAGGCCUACGUCCAGCCGCAUCAUAUAGAGCUUCUCCUGAUUAUUUUCCGGGUCCUAAUAGUGGAAGAAGGACUUGUCUUGCAUAUAGACUCAUGCCACAGGGCAAUGCUAUAUUAGACUGUUCUCCAAUUGCGGCAGCAGGCCAUGCUAUUCCUCAUAGCUAUGGUCCAAUAUCUGUAAGCCAAUUUAUGGAUGACCUUGCUGCUGAAGAACUGAUAGACAACAGAUGUGAUAUUGCUGAUGUUGCUCAAAGCAAUGUGAGUAAGGAACCAUCAUUGAGAAGUGUUCUAUCAGAUCCUUUGUCUGGUGCAUUCCUUGAAGAUGCAAUGCUGGUCUCGUGUGGACAUUCUUUUGGUGGUGCCCUGCUGAGGAGAGUCAUUGAAACAUCAAGAUGCACUCUCUGCAAUGUCGAUGUUGAGACUGGUUCUCUGAUCCCUAAUCUCGCUCUGAGAGCUGCAGCUGCUGCUAUCAAGCAUGAGGAUGAUCGAAGGUUAUUUCGUAAUGCUUCUCUUCGAAAGCGGCGUAAAGAAAUGGGUGACCAAAUGGAUACAAUGAGAAGAGUGAACAGGGAAAAUGGAGAAUUUGCUGCUGCUGAUGGUCUCCAGCGGAGAGUACAAUAUCCAUUUUCAGUAAAUGAGAAAGUUAUUAUUAAGGGUAACAGAAGAACACCAGAAAAACUAGUUGGGAAAGAAGCUGUCAUUACUUCCCAGUGUCUCAAUGGCUGGUAUUCGCUCAAGAUUAUUGGAACCGAAGAGAUUGUCCGUCUGCAGUACCGUUCUCUUAGGAAGCUCCCAAACUCACCAACCACGGAGCCAAUCCAAAAUAGCAGCUCUUAAAAUAGAUUUUUUUUAGGUUUUUCCUUCUUUCAUUUUUACACUAGAAGAAAAGGAAACUUUUGUAGUCUUGAUCCUUCAAAUAGAUAAUUUUAGAAUCAUGUUGUGACUGGUCUGGCUCCUUCCAGCUUGUGAUAGAGGUUUUAUGCAAGGAGAAACCCUAUCAACACACUAUAAAUGGACACACUCCAACACACUCAUUAUGAUUGGUUUAUUUUUCAAAAGUCCACACAUUUUUUAAGAAGAGAGAAAUUUGUUGACUUUCCAAAGAACAAUCAAUCACAAUGAGAUUGAACUGUGUCCUUAAAAGUGUUGGUCGCACUCCUCUUAAUGUAACUUUGUAACUUUGUAACUUUUGAUUGUAUCAACGAGAUUAUUUGUGUAAUGUUAGGUCGGCAUAUAUUUUUUUUGUAAAGAAAGCAGGCAAAGAUGGAUUGGAUAGCAUGUAAAUUGUAGUUUGCAAUUACUUGGUUCAUAA